AGCAAAGUAUCCUUCCACUCCUCGUUUUGAUUCCUGGGAAGCAUGAAGCAUCCAUUCUUGACCACUCUAGGUAUCAUCGCUGCAAGCGAACGUCCUACUAUAUAGAUCCCUCAUCCAAACUCAACUCGCACAUGAGCACGAGAGCAGAGCGCGUCCGGCCGUUUCCAUGGACACCAUCAGCCUUGACGACUGGGAGGUCCUGCCUGGCCACAGGAGCUCCUUCCUCAUGGACGCGGCGGAGUGCAGGCAUGGCGUCGGCGGCUGUGUUAAGGACCAGCUCUGGCUCGGGGCCGAGCUGGUCGUGAUCGACAUGGACCACUUCGGCCCUACGUCGUCGUCGUCGUCUCACUCUCACCCUCCUCCCUGUGACCACUGCGUCCUAGACGAGGAAGCCAAGCAGAAACCGCUCCUGCUACCACCGUCAGAAGACGCCUAUGCGUGUGAAUGUGAUGGUGAUCGUCGCAUCGCCAUUGACGCCGUGCCGGACGAACCAGAGCGAGCGGACCUUGUGAGCGAGGCGACCGAGGUACUGAUCUACGAAGCGGACGAGGAGGAGAUGGCUAAGUCCGUCGAAGAGGCCGAUCAGGACGACGACGCGCUGCUGGUUGGAGCUGCUGCGCCUGAUGGCGGCGGCGUCAGUCUCAGUCAGUGCACUCCGGAGGAGGAGGAGGAGGAGGGCGUCGGCAAGGCUGGCUUUGGCGUGGGGAGCCUGAGACUGAGAGUGAACGGUGCUGGUGGCGCGCUCUGCUCGUUCGGGGUUGCAGUUGCAGCCGCCACGUUCUGCUUCUGCGUCUUCCUGAUUGGUGGCGGUGGUGGCAAGCAGCAGCAGCAGCAGCAACUGCUGCGCAAGGGGCAGGAUCCAGCUCCAGCAGAUGUAUGCCCGCGAUGAGGUUCGUGGCUCUCUUCCCUCGUGUGAAACACGUUACUUGGUCUGGGUGCAGGGAAAGAGAGCGUGGAAGAUGUUUUCCGUAGAACAUGUUAGCUGUUGGUUGUUACAGAUGAAGCGUCCGAAUUGAAUUUGUGUAUACGUGCGCGAAGUGAGCCUUUGUACAUAUGAUAGGUUCUCGUAGGCAUGUUCUUGAUUGAGAUAUUGCUAAUGCAUUCAAGUUUCCCUUUCGAGGGCUUCAGAUCAUAUUUGGCGACUAUUUUAAAAUUAAAUAGCAAAGGAUUUUUUCCAAA